GUGUUGCGAAAACAAUACAAAAUACUGCACAGAUAAUUAGGUUUCAUUACGUAUCGAUUUCAAUUAGUUAAAUUAAAACAAUAGAAAGAAAGUUUUAAACAUAUUCUUACUUAUCACCUCAAAAUAUUGUUAAUAAAAUAAAAACAUGAAGGAGUUACUAUUCUGCGUGUUAGCAGUCUGCGUCACUGAGGCGCAUGCAGGCGUUUCCGCGACGGACAUGAAUACCCAUUUAACCACGACUUUCACUAACUACGAUAGCCGCGUGCGGCCGCUCUUGAGCGACCAGUCGCAGGCGGUCGGCGUAUCCGUCGACCUCCAUCUGCUCGGGAUCAACAACUUCGACAGCUCUGAGCAGAAGCUGGAAACCACGGCGUUCCUCGAGAUCACGUGGACGGACGAGGUUCUACAUAACCAGUGGCAUGACCCUGACGUACCGGAAGUGCUCAUCCCGCAAUCGGACAUCUGGCUUCCGGAUCUCGCGUUACAGAAUGGGUUUGAAACUUUGACUGGACUGGGAAACAAGUUUUAUAACGUUAGGGUGAAAAGUACUGGUGUGGUCACGUGGCGUCCGUAUCAUGUUUUCGAAAGCGCAUGCGCAGUUGACGUCACAUACUUCCCGUUUGAUAGAACAACGUGUGAGCUGAAGUUUGUUGUUUGGAGUAAUCCGAAGAAUCUUCUUAUGGCGACGGUGGGAACCGGGGGGCUUGACAUGACGGGUUUCAGCGAAAACAGUGAGUGGAGCAUCGAACUAACGGAAGCGAACAACUUUGAAACCACAACAUCAUCUGGCGUCACGUUCGCCAUCCAGAUGAAACGGAAGCCGCUCUUCUACCUCCUGAAUAUCCUCAUACCCGUGAUUAUGCUCGCCGUUUUGAACGCGUUCGUGUUCGCGCUGCCCGCGUCUUCCGGCGAGAAGACGGGAUUCGCAGUGACGGCCUUCCUGGCUCUGGCGGUGUUCCUGACGAUCAUCAGCGCGGAGCUUCCGCGGACGGCCGACAAGGUGUCUACAUUCUCCGCCUACCUCUUCCUCGUUACCUUCCUCAGCGCGCUCAUCUCAAUGAUCACAAUUAUACAGCUCCGUCUCUUCGCGCGUGAACCGGAAGUGCCUGUCCCAUCAAGUCUACAGAGCCUCACUAAGUGUAUCCGACGGAUGCGGUGCCGCACGUGUUUUGCGAAAUCUGGCGGCUACGUCCGGGGACUCACCAUCGAGGAGGUGAAGCGCCGCCUGUCGGAUGACGUCACAUGGGAAGACGCGGUGGGCGCCCUGGAUUUCGUCUUCUUCUGGGUUUUCCUGUUUCUGAUCGCGGGCAUCACAUCUGGCUGCUGCGUCAUAGCCGUGAAAGGCGCCCUUGCUUAAUACUGCUGUAGCUGCUGUUGCUGACCAUGCAUUGUUUUCAUGUUUGGACGGUUUUCUAAUUUAAAUGGAAUUUGGCCGAUUGUUCAGAGUAUUGUUAAACGCCGUUAACACCGGCAUAGUUGUUAACAUUUAAAGGUGGACUAUUUUAUUAUUUGCAGUGGUGUUUAAAUAAAGUAAGCAUAGCUAAAGCAGUUUUCUCAAUAUCUGAAAGACAUAUGUCCAUGAAACUCUCAGAGUAGUAAGGAUUUCUAAGUUAACAACGAGGCUGUUGACAACUGUAGCUUUGACAAAGGCUGAGCAAUUGGCCAAAUGUUAUUGUUUGAUUUUGAUUACUAUUAUGGCACAUAAUUUGUAUGAUGUGUGUCAUUGCCGCCAAAUGCACUUUUUCAAAGAAAUAAAAAUACUGUUUCUUGCUGUUGA